CCAGAAAAGUGGAAAUAUAUAAGCUGUUACCACAAGCAUUUUUAUUAGUACCCAGUGACACACUACAUCUCUCAAAAUAGCAAUAUAUACUCAUAGAGCAGGCAGGAAAUUAAGGAGAAAUGGGAAACUGCUGUCUAAAGCCUGCAGAUAAUCUUUCUACCACUAUUAAGCUUUCUAACCCUCCUGCAGCCCUUGAUUCAAAUUUUAUUAUGCCAGCAUUCAAGAAACCCAGUACUUGUCUCAUCAAUAACGCCAAGGUGGUUCAUGCCGAGCGAACCACGAACGGUGGCGGUGGCGGUGGCGGUGGCGGUGGUGCUGGAAAAGAGGAAGUGGCAAUAAGUGGGAAAAUAAUAACACCCAAUUUGAAAAUGUACAGUUUUGUGGAAUUGAAAAGCGCAACGAGAAAUUUUAGACCAGAUACAAUAUUGGGGGAAGGAGGAUUUGGUAGAGUUUUCAAAGGUUGGGUUGAUGACAAGACAUUAGCUCCUUCCAAAGUGGGCAUCGGAAUUGCAGUUGCUGUUAAAAAAUCUAAUGCAGAUAGCCUGCAAGGUCUCAAAGAAUGGCAGGCAGAGGUAAAAUUUCUGGGAAAAUUUAGUCACCCAAAUCUAGUAAAAUUAAUCGGAUAUUGCUGGGAAGAGAAACAAUUCCUGCUUGUAUAUGAAUACAUGCAAAAAGGAAGUUUAGAAAAUCACCUUUUCAGAAAAGAGGGUGCAGAAACACUUUCAUGGGACACCAGACUUAAGAUAGUAAUAGGAGCAGCUCGAGGUCUAGCUUUUUUGCACACAACAGAGAAGCAAGUCAUUUACCGUGAUUUUAAAGCUGCCAAUAUUUUAUUGGAUGGGGAUUAUAAUGCCAAGCUUUCUGAUUUUGGAUUGGCUAAGUUGGGUCCUGCAAAUGGCAACUCACAUGUAACUACAGGAGUUGUUGGUACUUAUGGCUAUGCAGCUCCGGAGUACAUGGCCUCUGGACAUUUAUACGUGAAGAGUGAUGUGUAUGGUUUUGGUGUUGUAUUGCUGGAGAUCUUAACGGGCCUCCGGGUACUGGACCUGAACCGGCCCAAUGGAGAACAAAAUCUAGUGGACUGGGCCAAACCGUUAUUACCAGACAAGAAGAAGCUAAGGAAAUUAAUGGACCCAAGGCUAGAGGGAGAGUACCCUACAAAGGCUGCAUUUGAAAUAGCACAACUAGUACUUCAAUGUCUUAUGCCUGAUCCUAAAACUAGACCUUCCAUUGAACAAGUUUUGGAGUCUUUGGAAAAAAUUAACACCAUCAAGAAGGAACCUAGAGAAUGCAAUGCCACCCACAACGUUCGCCUCUCCACGUUAAGAAAACUGUAAUUGGUAGCAACACGCACCAUUCACCCAUCAAUCGAAGCUA